AUUUCUUCAGGCACUUUGUCCAGUGAGGACGUCAGUGGAUGUGAACAGCAGCCAUGCCAAAAUGGUGGCGUAUGUGAGCGCCACAAUGGAGGUUUCAGAUGCCUUUGCUCCGAACAGAGCCAAAAUGGGCGCCUAUAUGGGGGGGAGACUUGCACAAUUGCACUUUCAGGCUGUGAUGACAUCCAGUGUGAGAAUGGAGGAAUAUGCUCUCCUUUACUUGUAAAUGAUCAGCACACUUACACAUGCACCUGCCUUGCUGGCUUCACUGGCUCAAAAUGUGAGACCCCCACAGUCUUCUCUUUUGAGUCCAGAGGCUACAUGUACAUAGAGACACAGCUUCUAGACCCAGAGGCUCCUCUUCAUGUCACAUUCAGCUUCAAGACAGGAAGGCCAGUCGGCACCCUUUUGCAGCGCAGAGUGGACGACCUGCUCCUCAGCAUCGAGCUCAUGGACGGGCAUCUCUGCCUCCACAGCCGGAGAGGUCAAGGCUCCAGCACACUGGUUCAAGAGCUCCCAGAGUACUUGUCCAACAACAAGUGGCACACAGUGGAAGCAUCACUGGGCGGCGUGGUUAGUCUCAUCAGGCUGCUCUGCACUGAGGGAAGCUGCACCAGAGACUCCAGCACUGAAGCCCAGCUGCUCGAUCAAUCCUCUGCUCUCCCCGAGCCAGGGACAGUUCGUCAAAGCCUCUUCAUGGGAGCAGUAGCAGAGAGCUGGGGUCUAGGCAGAGCGGUGGAUGAAACAGGCUACCCGCCUGCUUUUCUAGGCUGCUUCAGAGAUGUGCUUGUGGACUCACAUCUGGUGUUGCCUGUUAUAGUGCCAGAAAAUUCAGACACCUGGGCAAACAUCACCGUGGGAUGCAGUGACAAAGACAAGUGCGACAGCAGCCCAUGUCAGAACCGAGGGCGCUGUGUGAGCCAGGGCUGGAGGAGCUACAUGUGUGAGUGCCACAGACCAUAUGAGGGAAACAACUGUGCAGAUGAGUAUAUCACUGCAAGGUUUGGAAACAAAGACCUGGAGAGUUAUGCUGUCUUCUCAUUAGACGAUGACCCAGGUGAUACAGUGACUAUAUCUAUGUUCAUUCGCACCAGACAGUCCAGCAGCCUGCUCCUCAUUCUGGCCAACAGUACCAGCCAGUACCUUCGCCUGUGGCUGGAGGAGGGCAGGGUCAAAGUUCAGGUCAACAACUUUGAGACCCUGGGUGGUCGAGGUGCUGUCAGCGAUGGCCAUUUCCACCUGGUGACUGUGAAGCUGGAGGGAACAGCAGCCGGUUUGUCCCAGUCAGGGCAAGACCAGGGCUCUAUGACCAUCAGGCACAUCCAAGUCCAUCCUGGUGAUCUGGUUUACGUUGGAGGGCUACCAGACUCAAGGGCCUCUGCUUCGUUUGGUGGCUACUUUAAGGGCUGUGUCCAGGAUCUGAGGAUUAACCGCAAACGAUUGCAAUUCUAUCCAAUAGAAACUCCAGUGGAAUUUUACAACCUGGAGCAACUUGUUCACGUUGCACAAGGAUGCAGCAGUGACAACGCCUGUGCUGUCAACCCCUGUCUCAAUGGGGGAGUGUGUUACUCCAUGUGGGAUGACUUCAUCUGUAACUGCCCCCCCAACACUGCAGGGCAGCGCUGUGAGGAGGUCAAAUGGUGUGAGCUGUCUCCCUGCCCCGCCGGUGCUGUUUGUCAGCCCCGCUUUCAGGGCUUUGAGUGUUUGUCUAAUGUGACAUUUCGGGCUGAAAGCAGCAUUUUGCAGUAUCGGAGCAAUGGAAAGAUUAGGCGCAGCCUCACCAGUGUGUUCCUCAACCUCCGCACAAGACAGUUCGCUGCCACCUUACUGCACGCACAGAAGGGCUCCGACUACUUUACAAUAUCCAUCCAGGACUCUCAUUUGGUUAUGGAGAUCCAGGCUGGAGAUGACAAGGUGACAGUUCAAAGCCAGGGUCCAGUCAGUGAUGGAGAGUGGCACACUGUGGUGCUCAGCAUGGAGAACAAGACACUCCCAACCUCCAGGUGGAUCAUGGCUACGGAUGGAAGCCAGAAGGAGCAAAGCAUUUCCAAAACAGCUACAGGGGACCUGGAUUUUCUUAGGGAAGGAGCAGACAUUUUCCUGGGGGGACUGAGCCUAGAUGCUGGAGUGACCCUGUCUGGCUGUCUGGGUUCUGUGGAGAUCGGAGGCCUUCUUCUCCCUUUCCACCUUGACACAGAGUUGAACCUUCCCAGACCUCAGGAUGAGCAAUUUGUGAGGAUUAAUGGCAAUGCUGCCCCACAAUACGGCUGCUGGGGAGUCAGUGUGUGUGCACCAAACCCUUGUCACAACCAGGGUGCGUGUGAGGACCUGUUUGACCUGCAUCACUGCACGUGUCCCUCAGAGUGGACAGGGCCACUGUGUCAAGACCCGACAAACGCCUGUGCCUCCAGCCCCUGUAUCUAUGGCAACUGCAUCAAUAAACCUGGGGGAUUCGAGUGCGUGUGUGAGCCUGGGUACAGCGGUGAACAGUGUGAGGUAGAAGUCGAUAUGUGUGAAAACAGCAAUUGCAGCAAUGGUGCCACGUGCCUCAAAGGCUUCCAGAGCUAUGCCUGCCUCUGCCCUCAAAACCUGACAGGCCAGUACUGCGAUGACAAAGUUCCUGAAAUCCCAUGGUACAUUGAGACAAAUCCACUUCCUCAGUUGCCUGUAAGUGCAUGCAUGGGUACACGAUGGAAAUACAACUGCUUUAAUGGAGGGAACUGCUCCGAAGCAGACAACACCUGUUACUGCCUGCCUGGCUUCACAGGACAGUGGUGUGAGAAGGAUGUGGAUGAAUGUGCCUCGGAGCCAUGUAUGAACGGAGGCUUCUGUGUCAACUACGUGAACAGUUUUGAGUGUGUUUGCGAUAUGAAUUACUCAGGUAUACACUGCCAAAUAGACGUCAGCGACUUCUACUUGUACCUCUUCUUGGGCCUGUGGCAGAAUCUCUUCCAGUUGGUGUCCUACCUUGUGAUUCGCCUCGAUGAUGAGCCAGAAAUUGAGUGGGGAUUCCAUGUUAAUGAUUAGGCCACCUCCUUGUCUGUUAUGGUCAAACUUGACUAUUGGUCAAGAAAUGGGGUCAUGUUGCAGUACAUUUUAAUAACGUAGGGGAAUUUUAUGUAAUCAUGUAAUGUGUACAGCCUGUUUAUUCUAUUUCAUACAAAAGGGAUGAACCACAACAUCUGUUGGUGAAUUCAUCUUUCUCUGGACAGGCUGCUUCUUCACUGCUGUAUGAAUGAUAGUUUGUCUUCUUUCAUUUUUGUCUCUUCCUGUGGGCAGACACACAUCCACAUAGACAUUUAGAGUAAAUGUAUCUACACAGUCUCAGUAGUGAAGCAAAGCUCCUCUCUUUCAUGGCCUCUUGUGAUAAAACAGGUGUGUAUCUAAGACAAAGUCAGCAAUUUCCUCAGCAAUCAAGAGGCUAUGUUCCAAAUCUAUUUCUUUUAACAUGAGACUGUUGUUGCAGACCAUGUUACCACACCUUUAGAUAAAUUAACAGAUGAGUUUUUCUGAUCUCAGCUCUGGACAGUUAACACGAGGAGUGAGUUCACAAGAUCAGGCGGGGACAAGGAACUGUUGCAAUAAAUAUCGUUUGUAAAAUUAUUUAAUUUUAUCUAGUGUACUGACGAGGUCAGUAAUAGACAUGUCUGUUGUCAACAGAUUUAUUUGGUAAUUAAUAUUACAUAUUGCACCAUAUUUAUUACAGUAUAAUAAUUUUAUCUGGUUCUCAUACUGAAAACCACACAUUAGAGUUUUCCUUGUGCCUUAAAAUUUCCACUUUUUUCUGGAACAGUUUUCUAAUCAGUGUAUACCAUAUUUUAUAACUGUUCAGGGACACACUCACAUACAGUUAUCAUGUGCUGGAGAUUCAUAAAAUACCUGUCUAUAUCUAGGAAGUUAUGUAUUUACAAAUGUUGUAAUGUAACCUUAAGUAAAAAAAAAAAAAAAAAAAAAAGAAUAUUCUGCAUGCAGUGCAUACAGCAUCUGAUCUGUAAGAUGAAAACAUAAAAUAAACUUUGUGAAGUGUCUGGAA